CAGAGGAGCGGUCCACCGCGGCUACUUCCGAGCUGUUGGUCCCCGCGGCAGACCGGCCCUUUCAAUGAGUUUCUCGUCCCUUCGGCAACAGCUUCCGUGACCUCUGCUCCCCGUGAUUCUACCCUCCGUGAUGACUCAGUGACCUUCGAGGAUGUGGCUGUGAACUUCACCCAGGAGGAGUGGGCUUUACUGAAUCCUUCGCAGAAGAAACUUUACAGAGAUGUGAUGCAGGAAACCUUGAGGAACCUGGCCUCAAUAGGGAAAAAAUGGGAUAAUCAUAACAUUGAAGAUUGGUACAAAACCCAAGGGAGAAGACUAAGAAGUCAUAUGGUAGAAAAACUCUGUGAAAGCAAAGAAGGUAAUCAAGAUAGAGAAACUGUCAGCCAGAUUCCAAAUCUUAAUCUGAACCAGGAAACUCUUUCUGGAGUAAAACCAUGUGAAUGUAAUGUGUGUGGGAAAGUCUUCAUGCGUCAUUCAUUCCUUAAUAGACACAUCAGAUCUCACAGUGGACACAAACCCUAUGAGUAUCAUGAAGAUGAGGAGAAGCCAUAUAAAUGCAAGGAAUGUGGGAAAGCCUUCAGUUACCGCAAAUCUGUUCACAGACAUGAAAGGACUCACACUGGAGAGAAACCCUAUGAAUGUAAGGAAUGUGGUAAAGCCUUCACAUGGCUCACAACCUUUCGAAGACACAUGAUAACACACACUGGAGAAGGACCCUAUAAAUGUAAGGAAUGUGGAAAAGCCUUUAGUUGUUCCACUUCAUUUCGAGCACAUGAAAGAACUCACACUGGAGAGAAACCCUUCGUAUGUAAACAGUGUGGUAAAUCCCUCAGGUCUCCUCUAGGUUUGCGAAUACAUGAAAGAAGUCACACUGGAGAAAAACCCUAUGAAUGUAAGCAGUGUGGUAAAGCCCUCAGUUGUCCCAGUUCCUUUCGAAGACAUGAAAGGAUUCACACUGCAGAGAAACAAUAUGAAUGUAAACAAUGUGAGAAAACCUUCAGUUCUCCUCUAGGUUUGCGAAUACAUGAAAGAAUUCACACUGGAGAGAAACCCUAUGAAUGUAAGGAAUGUGGUAAAGCCUUCAUAUCUCUUUCAAGCAUUCGUACACAUAUGAUAACACACACUGGAGAUGGACCUUAUAAAUGUAAGGAAUGUGGGAAAGCCUUCAUUUGUCCCAGUUCAUUUCGAUCACAUGAAAGGACUCACACUGGAGAAAAACCAUAUGAAUGUAAACAGUGUGGUAAAACUUUCAGUUGGCCCAGUUCCUUUCGAAUACAUGAAAGAACUCACACUGGAGAGAAACCCUAUGAAUGUGCAGAAUGUGGGAAAACCUUCAUUUAUCGCACAACCUUUCAAGGACAUGUGAGAAAGCACACUGGAGAGAAACCCUAUAAGUGUAAAGAAUGUGGGAAAGCCUUCAUUUCUCCCUCAAGUGUCCGAACACACAUGAUAAUGCACACUGGAGAUGGACCUUAUAAGUGUAAGGAAUGUGGGAAAGCAUUCAAUUUUCCCAGUUCAUUUCGAAUACAUCAAAGAACUCACACAGGAGAGAAACCCUACGAAUGUAAGCAAUGUGGCAGAGCCUUCAGUUGUUACACAUCCUUUCGAACACAUGAAAAAACUCACACUGGAGAGAAACCUUAUGAAUGUACAGAAUGUGGGAAAGCCUUCAUUUAUCGCACUACCUUUCGCGGGCACAUGAGAAUACACACUGGUGAGAAACCCUACAAAUGUAGAGAAUGUGGGAAAGCCUUCAGUCGACCCAAUUCCUUUCGAAGGCAUGAAAGAUCUCAUACUUAAUAGAAACCUCUCUUGAAUGUAAGCAAUGUGGGGAAAACAUCAGUUGGCCUUCAUUCUUACAUGUGAAAACUCCCACUGGAAAGAAACCCUGUAUGUGUAAGAAAUCUGAGAAAGCCUGACACAAAUUAAUCCAUGUAUAAUGUUCCAGAAAAAAAUAACAUGAAAGAAUAAUUUUUAGAGUUAUAUUGUCUUUAUCAGUGCCUCAUUCUUAAAGGGGAUCUCUCGACUGGAUAUUUACUACUUACACGUUCAAAAAUGAACACUGAAGUGAGAGAAUUCUGUAAGUACUCUGUAAGCAAUACUACAUAAUGAUUAACAGGUAUUGUUUUGUCCUUAAAUCAAUUAACAUUUUUCUCUUUUCAUUUUGAAGCCUGUUUGUUCCAUGGUUGAAUUGACAUGUAUUUCUAAUAUGCAGGUUGGUUUAAUUUUUAUGUUUUGAUUGUUUUGUGUGGGGCUAUUGAUAAAUGACAUUUUGGUAUUUGUUGGGAUUUUCGUACUGGCCUCCUGUAGUGCCAGGUAUUGGAUAUUCCUUACCCAUAUAUAGUCCAUCCUUCUUAUGAGAAAAUCUACUCUUGUUUUGGCUAGAAGAGCCUUAUUUCAUUU